AUGGUAGAAGAGGAAGGGGUUCUUAUACUCGAUAUUGGAUCUGUUUGGGAGCCCGGAAUCGUAGGUUGUCUUUCCCCAGCUAAUUUUUGUAGUAGUUUUUUUGCUAUCAAAACCUUUGUUAGUUCAUUGUUGUCCAAACUGGUAACAAGAAGCUAUGCUUUUGUGCUUCUGAUAGUGUAGUGAACAGGAGUUCGGACUUCUUUGAGCUUUUCCACUAACCCUUUGUCUAUCGAACUUAGUUCUAAGUGGGACAGUCUACCAGUACGGCAUUCUUGCGGCAUCCCCAAAGUACCCUUAAACAACUAACGAGAUAAUCGUAAAUCGUAAGUCGCAAAUCAUAAAAGGUUUAUAUUUACUACUGCUAUAGCUACUAUGCCCAUACCCCUGUACCCCUACCUUACUUGAAUUAAGAGAGCUUAAUAUUUCACAGGUGUAUCCGCUACCCCUGAAACUCGUAUCCAGGGCUACUGUAUAAGAUAUUAUGCUAAUUUUCAAAGGAUACUUAUAACCCUCACAGACCUAGAAUACGCAAAUAUACCAACUCCGUAAUAUUAGGAAUUUCAGUGUCGUUUGUCUAAUUGCUAACCUGUCUACCCAAUGACGCGGAAAUAGCCCAAAAUCCAUUAAAUAUUCAUCCUCUUUUAUCAUCUACCAUAAAUUGAACAGACCACUCUCUAUGCCUUGGGUACUUCAAGAUCGAUUCUAAGAGCAGCAAUGGCCAAUUCGGAUCCAGCACCUUCCCAGAAGACGUUGACCGCAAACCCCUCAGGGGUGGGGAUGCUCCACCAUGCAUAUAUCCCCCCCGAUGCUGUACCAGCCUUGAUUAGAUAA